GGUGAACAUUGCCUAUACCAAAUAUAGACUAGUGUCCUAAUAAUUUGACAAUGACAAUAGAUAGAUAGAGAUAACCACAAUAUCAGAGAGAGAGAGAGAGAGACAAAGAAUCUCCAGCAAUACGGAAGUGAACCCCUCCACCCAUCGUAUUGUCCACAAGAUGAUUCAAUUAAAGGUAUGUGUGAAGGAUUGCUCUCUUGCGUACAUAUAAAAUACUCCCAUUUCUCUUUCACUCAUUACUUCAACUGUGGCUUGCGCAUGUACAAAAUACCAAAAUACCCUCAUUGCUUUGGACUCAUUGCCUCCCAGGCGCAUACAUAAACUACACUUACUAUUUCCCGCGCAUUACUUCUAUUGUGCUAACUCUCACAUUAUAGACGAUGCUUAAUUGCAUCGACAAUUCUGGUGCCGCUGUGGUAGAAUGCGCCAAGGUCUUAAAAAUGAAGAGGCAUGCGAAGAUUGGUUCGGACCCCUCUUGACUUUCUUUACAAAGCCCUCUCAGCAUCAUAUCCCUCACGAUCAGCCUCUCAACUUCAUCUCAUCGAUCCCCGAGUCUGACCUCAAUUUUCAGGAGACCGCAUUAUAGUUGUCGUACAAAAGCAACGCAACUUCUCCGAAUCCGGUCCCGGUGCAAGUGUUUCCACAUCAGCGGCAAACAAGGUUAGAAGAGGAGAUAUUAGACAUGCUGUUGUGGUUAGGACGGUUAAGAAACUACAAAGGCCCGAUGGAAGUGUUGUCAAAUUCGAUGACAAUGCUUGUGUUUUGAUUAACAAAGCCGGAGAACCCAUUGGAACGAGAUUAAAUGGUUAGUUGUUGUCGACUAUCCUCGAUUGCGUUUUCCUUGUUAACAUUAUAUAGGUGUGGUUGGCACAGAGCUGAGAAAGAUGAAGUGGUCAAAAAUUCUAUCACUAGCACCUAUGCAUCUAUAGACAUCACCGUAUAAAAAGGAAUAAGCGUAGCAUAUAAAACCCGGCGUUUCCAAGGAAUUUGGACAAUGAAAAUAUAUCCCCUCCCGUACUGAUUGCCAUG